AUGUCUGCACAACCAUACGAACCAGAGUUUCAACAAGCCUACAACGAAGUCGUCUCUUCUCUAAGAGAGUCUACUUUGUUCGAGAAGCACCCAAAGUACGAGAAAGUUUUGCCAGUUGUCUCUGUUCCGGAGAGAAUCAUCCAAUUCAGAGUCACUUGGGAAAACGACAAGGGUGAACAAGAAGUCGCUCCUGGUUUCAGAGUGCAAUACAACUCUGCUAAGGGUCCUUACAAGGGUGGUCUACGUUUCCAUCCAACUGUCAACUUGUCUAUCUUGAAGUUUUUGGGUUUCGAACAGAUCUUCAAGAACGCCUUGACCGGUCAAGCUCUAGGUGGUGGUAAAGGUGGUUUGUGUGUCGACCUUAAGGGAAGAUCCAACAAUGAAAUCAGAAGAAUCUGUUACGCUUUCAUGAGAGAGUUGAGCAGACAUAUCGGUCAAGACACUGAUGUUCCAGCUGGUGACAUUGGUGUUGGUGGUCGUGAAGUUGGCUACCUAUUUGGUGCCUACAAAAGCUACAAAAACUCCUGGGAAGGUGUUUUGACUGGUAAGGGUUUGAACUGGGGUGGUUCUUUGAUCAGACCAGAAGCUACCGGUUACGGUUUGGUUUACUACACUCAAGCUAUGAUUGACUACGCCACUAAGGGCAAAGAAUCAUUUGCCGGUAAGCGCGUAGCUAUCUCCGGUUCUGGUAACGUUGCUCAAUUCGCAGCUCUAAAGGUUAUCGAACUAGGUGGUACCGUCGUAUCUCUAUCCGAUUCUAAGGGUGCUAUCAUUUCCGAUGCCGGUAUUACUGCAGAACAAGUUCAAGCCAUUUCCGAAGCUAAGAUUAACUUCAAGUCUUUGGAGCAAAUCAUUGGCGAGUACUCUGCCUUCGCUGAAAACAAGGUCAAGUACUUGGCUGGUGCUCGUCCAUGGGUCCAUGUUGGUAAGGUUGACGUUGCUUUGCCUUGUGCAACCCAAAACGAAGUUUCUGGUGAGGAAGCCAAGGCACUAGUUGCUGCCGGUGUCAAGUUCGUCGCCGAAGGUUCCAACAUGGGUUCCACUCAAGAAGCUAUCCAAGUCUUCGAGGGUGAGCGUCUAUCUACAAAGUCUGCUUCUGAGCCAGCUGUCUGGUACGCCCCAGGUAAGGCAUCCAACAUGGGUGGUGUCGCCGUGUCUGGUCUAGAAAUGGCUCAAAACUCUCAAAGAAUGACCUGGUCCAGAGAACAAGUUGACCAAGAGCUAAAGAAGAUCAUGGUUAACUGUUUCAAUGACAGUUUGGAGACCGCUCGCGAAUACUCUAACGAAGAUAACAAGGAUGCCCUACCAUCCUUGGUUAAGGGUGCUAACUUGGUCGGUUUCAUCAGAGUUGCUGAUGCCAUGUUCGACCAAGGUGAUGUCUGGGAAUAA